GUUUUACACACGUAUACACACACACGCUCACACACACACAAAUGCAUGCACACAAACACUCUGUCAGGCACUUUUCACAACUCACAAGUCUUUGCAUGCGUCACACAACGUAAACACGCACAGGAUUUUUCUUAUGUGCAGUACUUGCUGUAUUUCCUUUCCUGAAUGUAACUUGAAGGUGAUGACAUUGCUUGGAAAUAACCUCAAUCAAAUAAGUUGGAAGAGCUUUGAAUUGUGCCAGCCUAGGGGUAAAUAUGGCUGUGGGUCAAGCUGUCGACAUGAGUUUGAUGGACAUCUCCAAGAUCUUCUCAUUGCUGCAGCCCAAGGAAGACAAUGAAGGCAACGAGCUGAGCCAAGCCUUGAUCAAUGCCGUGAGCAGUGACAAUGUCAUUGUUCUGUCGAAACUUCUUUCUCAUGAGAGUUACAGGAGGUCUAUUAACAUUCGAAGCGGGUGGGGGGUCCCCGUCACCCCCUUGCGGACUGCUGCUACUCUGGGACACCUGAGGUGCCUGGAGCUCCUACUUGAGCAUGGAGCAGAGGUAGACAGCCUGGACGUGAAGGCCCAGACGCCGUUGUUCACAGCUGUGAGUGGCAAGCAUCUGAACUGCGUAGUGGCUCUGCUGAAGGCUGGAGCCGACCCAAACGGCAGCCAGCACAACAACUGCUCACCGGUGCUGACCGCUGCUCGGGAAGGGGAUGCGGACAUUCUCCAGGAGCUGCUCCGCUUCGGAGCAGAGGUGGACGUUCGACCAAAAGUACCAGAGUGGGCGUCUAAUGCGACAGCAUGCAGAGGGCCACUUUAUAUCUCGGCAGUGUAUGGACAUCUGGACUGCUUUAAACUCCUCCUCCUCCAUGGAACUAACCCCAACUAUAACUGCACAGAUGAGAAGAUGCUGGCACGAAUAAAGCAGCCGAAGACUGUGCUGGACGUGUGUUUGCAUUACGGUUGCGGCGUGGAGUACAUCCAACUACUUAUAGAUUUUGGAGCAGAUGUGUAUCUGCCUAUAGUCAUCACUGACAAGACAACAAAGCAGAAUGAAGCCUUGGCUCUGCUGCUCAAGGAAAGGGUUUGCCCCAAACCUCUGAUGUCACAGACUCGCCUGGCAAUCCGCAGAUCCCUUCCUUUUGCAAACAAAGAGCCUGCCAUUGACAGUUUGGAGAUUCCUCUCAUCCUGAGGAACUACCUCAAGCACAACACUUCUGAACUCACGGGAUGCUCCAGCUAGCACCAGAACAACACCAGCAAUCGUUCUCAUGUCAGUCUUGUUUAGAAAGUCCACCUUUAAGUUCAAGGAGCGUAUUGUCAUGUCCCGUCGCUUAUGUAACAAAUAGGGCUGUCAAAGUGGAAGCGUUAACUUCAAAUCAUUUUUUAAAAAUGAACUCCGUUAUCACAUUUUACUUCCUGUGGCAACCUCUACUUACGUGUGCAGCCAAACCUAGGCUAGCGCGCAGUCAUGUACAAACACGGCCUGCACAUUUUUUUACUCGGGGUCAGGGUCGGCGGGGAAGUGCACAGCCAUUCAACUUACAAAGAGACUCGCAUUGUCAGAAUUUUCUCGCGUACUUUGGCCAGUUCAUGAGACUGUAUUCUUUCAAUUGAAAGCAGAGUUUUUGACGGACCAGGUAACAAAAGCACCGCCCACCACUUUAACAAAUGCGUGAGGAAACCACAGUAUCUGGAAAAAGCACACACAUGCAAGAACGAGGAGAACACGCAACCUCCUUAAAGAAAGAUCCGCAGUCAAACAGCAAAAAUCACAAUCGUGAGGCAGACAUAGUAACUUAACAAGUGCUUCACAACUUUUUACACCAAGUACCUCCUAAAAUAUUUUUUAGCUCUCCAAAUAUCACCAUCUUGAUUACAGAACCGUAGUACUGUAGGCCCAAGUGUCAAUGAAAAACCAGGCUAAGGCUUCCAUCCGAAAUAGAAUUACUGUAAUAGCAUUGUAACCCUCUGUAACCAUCUGCACAGUUAAUAUUAAUCCAAAUUACAUUUUAUAUAAUGUGUGAGUGGGGCUGGGGCAAUUGUGCAAAUUAAAAUGUAUCCUUAAAAGCUAAGUACUACUUAAUUGUACUUAAAUGCACUGUAGUGGAUUUACCGUCAUUAACGCACAGUUAGGACAUUGAAUUAAAGUACAGUAAUCCCUCGCUAUAACACGGUCCAUCUUUCAUGGCUUUGCUGUUUCACUAAUGUUUUUUCAUGCAGUUUUUCGUACAGUAUACUAAUAUCAACAGUCUCAGACGUUUUGGAGAAUUCUAUGUUGGAAAAUUUUGAAGAGGACCUUUU